AUGGUGGACAAUGGUGUGGCUACUGGAGAAAUAAAUGAGAUUGAGGAAGCCCGUGACUUGACUCUGGAGCCCGAGCCAUACUCGACGCCCGAGGCAGCACAGGCACCAGAGACAGAUUAUGACCUUGAGGUACAAGAGCCAGAGCAGGUUCCUGAAGCAACUGAAGCUAUUCCGGAAGGCACAUGGUGUUCUUGGGGUAUUUCGAAAGAAGCAAACAAGAAGAAGAAAGUCCAGACAGCCUCUGUUUAUCCGUACGAGCGGCUAUGGGAACAAUUUAGUGCCUUAAGUUUUGCUGGCGAGUUAUCGUCAGUCUCUCCUCAUCCUGAUCUUCUCUUUCAUGCUAAGCUAUACGUUUUAGCUACAAAUCUCCUUAUUUCGCCAUUACGUCAACAAUGUCUAAAGUCUCUUCACGGAGAUCUCUGUGACUACUCACUGAACAGGGAAAAUUCGUCCCUCAUUCUGACUCUUCUCAAGCUCACCUACGAGCAUACUGGGAGACAUGAACCCGGAGGACGGUCCCCACUGCGAAGCUUGGUUAUCCAGUAA